UCUCGAUGUAGGCGGUGGUCUAGUGGGGUUCUCCUCUGCGGAUUUUGAUUAACAGGCGGGUGUCAGCAGUGAAGAAGAGGGCAGCUUCCGUUCACAGUGCAGCGAGCCGGGCUUUUCUUUUCUGGGACGGGAAACACUGAGAGGGUAUUGAAGACGAAAGGAUGGCAGAGGAAAACACACAACUAUGUGCCAACUGCAAGCGCGACAUCCCAGCGGGGAACUUCACCAUGCACGAGAUGCACUGCAGGCGGAACAUCGCGCUGUGUGAGCACUGCCAGGAGCCUGUUCCCCGCUCCGAGCUGGAGGAACACCGGCAGCAGGAGCACACCAAGGUGCAAUGCAAAUGUGGCUUGAAGGUGGAGAAAGGCCAGAUGGAAACACACCAGAAGCUGGCCUGCAGUCUGCGGCUGACGGGCUGCCGGUACUGCGAGCUGGAGGUGGCCUUCAGCCGCCUGGCGGAGCACGAGGGCUACUGUGGGGCGCGCACUGAGCCCUGCCCCCAGUGCCACCGCAACGUGAUGGUGAGGGAGCUGGCGGCACACCCUGCGGUUUGUGGACCCCAGCCGCCCGAGGAGAGGAACAACAACAGGGCCGGGCCGGGCCCGGCGCGGCGCCAGCCGGAGGCCUGGUUCGAGACGAACGCCGUCAGGAAUGUGCUGAGUGGUCACGGGCUCCCGGACAGCAGCUCGCCCCUGGGCCUGGGCAUUCCCCGGACACUGGAGGCACGGGUCCAGAACAGCACCAGGGCGGCGCUGAGACGCAACAUGGCGCUGCGGAACAGGGACCAGAACCAGACUGCUAAGGUUGAGAAUCUGGCACGCAACACAGGCUGGCAAGGAGCGGAGACCCCAGGAGACGAGAGCUCGGAGCUCGACUACAUGCUGGCCCUCAGUCUGCAGAGUGACCACAGCCAUGACACCUGGGUGGACAGCUGGGUGCACAGCUGGGAGGGCAAUGGGAACAGGACGGCUGAGGCUACUGAAGUUCUCACAGACAGCCUGUCCACCCUGAUCCAGCCCUUCAUCUCGGAGCCUAUUGUCGGGCCUGACAACAACACGCUGGAUAGAAGGACUGACUCCAUGCUGCCCUGCGAGUUCUGCGAGGAGCUCUUCCCAGAGGAAGACCUCAUUCUUCACCAGACUGGCUGCAGUCCCGCCAGCGCCCUGGCCUCCUUCAGCAAGCAAGGCGGGUCCCAGCAGGAGGGCCCCAAGCCACUCGAUGGGGCCCCCAGCAACAGCACUUCUCUCUGGCCCCGGUUGGACUCUGUCUUCAUCCCCUGCGAGUUCUGCGGAGUGACUCUGGAGGAGGAUGUCGUCUUUCACCACCAGGAUAAAUGUGACCUCCGACCCAGAGCUGCCUGCUCCGUGGAAAGGCCUUCUCUGCAGAAAGCACUUCCUACCAAAGAGGAUAAUCUAGACAGAUGCUCUUCAGAGCUACUGAGGAGACGAUUUGGGCCCCAAGCCGACCCGGUUUCGGAGACCCAGAAGUGGGUGGCAGAGGCGGCCGUGGGGAGAGGGGUACAGGACGUGGCACCGCUGAGCUCCAGGGGGCACUGGAGGCCUGGCCUGAAGAGCAGCCUGCCCCCUGCAGGCAGGGCUGUCCACUGCGCUGGCCAGGUCAGAAGGGCUGGAGGCCGUGCAGACUCUCGCCCCCCUGAGGAGCACGCCAGCCUCACAGCACUGCCAGGAGGAAGAUUAGAUGGGCGGACGAACACAAGGAACACGGCGACACCCAAGACUCUCGCCCCUGAAACGCGCAGUGUGGAGAAGGGAGAGGAGUGAAAGUGUUCCCCAGAGGACGACAGCUCUGAAACUCAGGAGGCUUCUCAUCAACUAUGCAGCACCUAUUAUAUUGUAUCUGGAUUGUGUGAAUAACUGAUGUCCUUUCUUAUAGCAGUGGGCUCAGCGUCUCUGAACAUUGCAAUUGCAAUUGCAAUGCAAUACAUUUACAAUCUGUGGCUUUACAGACUUUUAUAUCAUUUGAGUUUAGCUUCAAUGAGUGAGACCUGAGAGGUAGUUUUAUAUAACAGUAUAACUUGUAUGUUAUUUUUAUUAUUCUAGAUUACACAAAUCAACUGACCAUUAAAAUAUAUCUGGGAAAAAAAUGUAA